ACCACAUUACGUUAACGUCCAAAAGCGGCCGUCGCGUCACAGGCUCUCUUCCCACUUCCCCUGAAAACCGGAACAUCCGGUUGUUGGGGUUUCGGCAGAGGCAAGCCUUUCUCAAACACUGCGUGGACCUGUCCGCUCUGGGGACUGAGGGAGGCGGGGGCGUGGAAACGGUGUACGACCGGUAAACAUCUGGGACGGGAAUGUAAAAAACUACCAACGGUACGCGAACACGAACCCGCCUUAGACGGAGUGCCAUCGGGGCAUAAAGUAAAGACUGUCCAUCGAGAUUCCAAUGGAAGCGGAUGGUUUCCCGAGAAGGCAUCGGAUGACAGCGGAGACAGCAGGCGGGAACGCCGGGGUUGCUGGAGCCUCAGCCGGCGCAGAGGUCCGAUGGUUCAGUGGAAGGAUCUGGGGAGUGUCGGAGAGCCUCGUUGGGAAUUUGUCUCCCCGAAUCGGAGGCGAGGCAGAGAUCCAGACUGUUCAGUUUAGCGGUGGCCCUCCUGAAAUAGCAGAUGCUUCGGAACCGGAGUAUGAGGGUUUGCCGCAAGGCGCUUCCACCAGCACCCACAUGUUUGCAGGAGCAGUGGCUGGGAUCAUGGAGCAUUGCCUGAUGUUCCCCAUCGACUGUGUCAAGACGCGAAUGCAGAGCCUACAGCCUGAGCCUGCCGCCCGCUACCGGAAUGUGAUGGACGCGCUUCGACGAAUCAUAACCACAGAGGGUGUCUGGCGACCAAUGAGAGGGCUGAAUGCCACGGCCGUGGGGGCAGGACCGGCGCAUGCUCUCUACUUCGCCUGCUACGAGAAACUGAAGAAGAGUCUGGGUGACAUCAUCCAUCCCGGUGCUAACAGCCACCUGGCCAACGGUACGGCAGGGUGUGUAGCCACAUUGCUUCAUGACGCGGCCAUGAACCCAUCUGAAGUGGUGAAGCAGCGUUUGCAGAUGUAUAACUCUCCGUACCGUGGCGUGAUGGACUGUGUGCGUGCCGUGUGGCAGAGCGAGGGCCCUGGGGCCUUUUACCGCUCCUACACCACCCAGCUCACCAUGAACGUCCCCUUCCAGGCUCUCCACUUCAUGACCUACGAGUACCUCCAGGAGCUGCUCAACCCCCACAGACAGUACAACCCCUCCUCACACAUGGUGUCUGGAGCCCUGGCCGGGGCCAUCGCUGCUGCAGCCACCACCCCUCUGGAUGUCUGCAAGACCCUGCUCAACACCCAGGAGUCCCUGGUGGGGCUCCCCGCUGCAGGCCAGGGUGGAGGUCAGGGGACACACAGACACAUCACGGGCCUGGCCCAUGCCUUCCGGACAGUGUACAGGCUGGGUGGCCUGCCUGGGUUCUUUAAAGGAGUCCAGGCCAGGGUGAUCUAUCAGAUGCCCUCCACAGCCAUCAGCUGGUCCGUCUAUGAGUUCUUCAAGUACGGAAUCACCAAGCACCAGCACGAGAAGAGGGUCGCGCUGCAGCGGGAGGAAAAAUAAAUCAUGUCCUAUUUCAUUUCAGCCAUAUCUCUUCACCAUCUCUUCCUUUUUUAAUCUAUCAACCUCCUUCCUAUUCCUUUGGAGCAGGUGUUCAGAGCGAGGGAGAAAUGAGGAAGAAUCGAUACGCACAUAAACCAACCAAUACCCACCUGUUAUUUACCCCGUUCAGACUGCCAAUAAGACACUUCCAUCUGUGGCUCAACCAUCAACAUCUCUGCUAAACUGUUUGAAACUGAGGAUUUACAAUACACUAUGAAAGUGAAUAUGUGAUGUAUUGACAGUACGUGUUCAAUGUAUACCCAUAUAACGCACAUAAACGUCAACCUGAAAGAGAUGCUUCUGUUUUACUCCAGCGGAUUUAGUUGUGAAAUAUGUGAAGUGUCCAGCAGCUUUCAUUGAUUAUUGUUGGGAUGAAUUUGACGACAGCUGUUCUGUCGGUGUUCUUAAAGGCAGACUAUGACCUCAUCAUACAGACAGUUGGCCACUUCCUGCUUUCGGAAAUUAACAACAAGAUAGUCUAAAUUGAGGUGCAGAUUGGAAAUGGCCAGUAGUGGCGGUCAUCUUGGCAGAUUUGGAUUCUGUUAUUGUAAUGUGUUAGCGGGAAGUCGCCCAGCUUUGUAUGAUGAUCUAUUACGGAGUCUACCUGUAGUGUUAAUUCUUGCGUUUUAAUGUAUCUGGAUGAGAAUGUUGUUCACUGUAAGGCCCACCAGGGGGCACUGUGACCAUCCCAAUAAAGCUCUUGAGUUAUA